AUGGAGGAAAUUCCUACUCUGUAUCCUACCGAACAAGAAUUCAGAAAUCCCAUCGACUAUUUCUCUAACCCUCACAUCAAGAGGCUUGGUGUACGAUAUGGUAUGAUCAAGGUUAUACCACCAGAAGGUUUUCGUCCCCCACUAUCUAUUGACAUGGAAAAUUUUACUUUUCAACCAAGAAUUCAAAAUCUGGAGAACUUAGACCUGAUAAAUAGGUGUAGGUUAUUUUUCAUGAAACAGUUAAAUAAUUUCAAUAGAUCUAAUAAGGAUUCAUCGAAACCUAUGCUUGAUAAGCCUUAUACGAUAGUGGAUAAUUUGGAUUCCGCACAUCCAUCGGAGAGGCUGCUAAAGAAAGUGUACUUUUAUGACGUUUUUUCUGAAUUGAUAAAGGACAAUGAAGUGUCAACUGACACUUUGCCAUUUUGCAGGCGAAAAUUGAAAUUUAGAGACAUUUCCCAAUUAAGAUGUGACAGCAGUCUUUGGAAGACUCUUUCUAAGAAAUUGAACAUCCCAGCCUGUUCACUGAAACGAAUUUUCGAAGAGUAUAUUGCCUCAUACUAUAUAUUUCUUCACUCCUUAAACAAGAACGUGCAUACAGCACUGCAUAAUGACCAGUAUCCGAAAUCCUUAUUGAGUGACGAUGAGGAUGAUUUUGAUCUUGGACCCGAUUCUGAUUUUGGAUCUGGUUCUGAGGAGGAGUAUGAUGAUGAUGCUUGUCUCGUUUGUCACAAGACAAACGAUGCUAAAAAAACAAUACUGUGUGAUUCAUGUGACAAACCAUUUCAUAUAUAUUGCUUGACACCGCCUCUGGAAUGCGUCCCCGCCGGCGAUUGGAUUUGCAAUACUUGUAUUGUCGGGAACGGAUAUUACGGAUUCACUCAGGAUACACAUGACUAUACACUACCCGAGUUCCAAAAAUACUGUACGCAACAAAAUUUGAGACUUUUAUCCGCAAGAAAACCGUCUAUAAAUGAACUAGAAGAGCUAUUUUGGAGCAUAGUGACUAAAAACCAUUAUAAUGAAAUAACGAUAGUCAAAUACGGUGCCGACAUACAUAAUGAAUUGCCAGGUCAAAUUACUGGAUUUCCUACGAGAGAAUUUAUACCCAAUAAUAUAAAUGGUGAUGAACUAAAGGAUUAUUUCGAAUAUUGUGACCAUCCCAUGAAUUUAACAAACUUGCCUUUGGCACACAACUCACUGUUACCGUUAUUUGAAAGAAAUAUUUCGGGUAUGACUACUCCUUGGAUUUACAUUGGUUCAUUGUUUUCCACUUUUUGUUGGCACAUGGAAGACCAGUAUACUCUAAGUGCUAAUUAUCAACAUCAAGGUGAGCCUAAGGUUUGGUACAGUAUUCCUGAAUCAGGUUGUGCCAAAUUCAAUGAGCUGCUAAAUGAUCUGUCGCCGGACUUGUUUAUCAAACAGCCCGAUUUGUUGCACCAGCUAGUGACUUUGAUAUCGCCCUAUGAUUCUAACUUUAAAAAAUCGGGUAUUCCUGUGUACAAAGCCAUACAGAAACCAAACGAGUAUAUUAUUACGUUUCCAAAAUGUUACCACGCUGGUUUCAAUACAGGUUACAAUUUCAACGAAGCUGUAAAUUUUACUAUAGAUUUCUGGCUACCCUAUGGAUUUGGUGCAAUUACAGAUUAUAAAUCAACCCAAAAAGCAUGCGUUUUUGAUAUGUUUGAUUUGAUGAUCAAUGUUCUGAAUAAGUAUAACGAGGACACUUUAUUUUUCAAUGAUGCCUUUGCUAGACAAUGUUAUUCUUCAUUGAUCGUUUUUUAUAAUACAGAAUUGAAACGCAUACGAAAAAUUCAAGCCAUUGUACCACGGACAACUCUUCUGACCGUAGAUGGCGGUCUCAACGAUGAAGAUGAGGAGUAUGAUAUAUUCUGUUCUCGAUGCAAGACCAUAUGUUCAGUGGCGUUUGUAUUGCACCAUUCUAGUGACUCUAAAUCAAUUAGAACGUACAAAAGGCAUAAGAAAAGCCACUUAAGUGUGAAGCAGUGGAAUGAAAUAUCCACAAUGAAUAGUAAAUUAAGUGUCCUGUGUACCCAGGAUUACUUAAAUGCGAUACAAAAUUUGAAUAAUGUUCAUGGUGAAGAACCAUUUAUCAACGACGAGUUGUAUUUGACUAAGUCAUUGAAGGACAUUGAUCUCCUAAUAAAACAGGUUGGUGUCAAGUUAGAUAGAUAA